GCUAGAUCGCUUCCAGCAACGUGGGUGCAGUGGCGCUUCUCUGUCAGCCUGCUUGCAGUAAUCUUGGACUCGCUAUACAUUCCAUUCUCUCAACACGUUGCCCAAGCACACCAUGCCAUACUCAGCUCCCAGUAUCGCUCGACCUUUCACCCUUUCCAUCCUAGACGACGACUAAUCUCAGCUCCGGGCCCUCUUGCAGGCUUCACGCGCGGGACCUAAGACCUGGGAAAAUCGACACGAGGAUGGACGAUACGGCGUUUCACGCCAAUGGCUUAUUUCGACCGUUCAUUACUGGUUAACCGAGUUCAACUGGCGUGCUCAGGAAAAUCGCAUCAACUCACUUCCCAACUACAAGAUUUUGGUUUCUCAGGAAGCUGGGAAGGGUGACAUUGACCUCCACUUCAUUGGCCUAUUUUCCGAAAGAGAUAAUGCCAUCCCCAUCGUACUGCUUCAUGGGUGGCCAGGUAGCUUCCUUGAAUUCAUGCCGGUCUUGGAGAUUGUCCAGAGGAAGUAUAGCUCGUCUGAGUUGCCUUAUCACUUCAUUGUUCCAUCUCUCCCAGGAUAUUUGUUCAGCUCCGGACCGGGUCAGGCGCAGGCCUACACCAGUCAAGAUGCAGCACGCGUGAUCAACAAGGCGAUGACAGCGCUUGGGUUCAGCCGGUACGUUGUACAGGGAGGAGAUGUCGGAUCGCUGAUUGCUUCAAUACUCGCAACAAACUACGACUCGGUCGCAGCUAUUCAUCUUAAUCUGCUGCCAAGCCUCGAAAUGUCGAGCGUCGACGACCCUUCCCUAUCAUCCAAAGAGAAGGAGGCUAUCGAGUACGUGGGACGCCGUUUCUUGACUCCAACAACAGGAGCGGCUUUGCUUCAAAGCACAAGGCCGGCUACAAUCGUAGUUAUGGUUUCUUCUAGCCCCCUUGCCCUCCUAGCAUGGAGGGGCGAAAAGUUCCUAGAAUGGCCCGAUGAUCCGAUUGGUAUUGACGAGCUUUUGACUAAUGUCACGCUGUAUUGGCUCACCGAGACCAUGCCACGGUGCAUAUAUACGCAGUCAUUUGGUUACUCUUGGUUUAUGAAAGAGCUUGUACCUGUACCGGAAAAGCUGGCGAAAAAGCACGGCAAUCUGGUGUUUUAUCGUCAGCAAGAAAAGGGUGGACACUUUGCAGCUCUUGAGCGACCUGUUGAGUUUCUUCGUGAUAUUGAAGAUUUUGUCAAGUCUGCUGGGUUUUGA